ACAAGAACGAACAAGUGUCACACAUCGUCAACAUUCCGUGUACUCAUUGUGCACUUUUAUGGUUCUUUUCCAAUCAAUAACAUAAAUCAUAAACAAAAGUAGUUCCAAUUUAUUUGCCAAAAAAACCGAUUGAUUCGACGAUUUGCUAGAAACCAGAUGGAAUAAUCGGAAUAUCUUGUCAUUGGCAUAAGUUAAGAUUGAAGAUUGUGCGUCCAAGUCCGCCAUAACCUCAAUUCGAAAGUGAUUUGUCUUCGCGAUCCACUGAAAGGUACGGAAUCAACAUUUUCAUCGAUUUGAUUGUCCAAAAUUCGGAAUAUUUUCUAAUUCGUGCUUCUGCUGAACUCAAGUUUUUCCAUUCAUUAGCUGAUUUGGAGGCGAAUCGCCACCCCUGAAACAUUGCAACCGAUUCAUCGACGACAAUCCAACAUGUCAAAUGUUCAAGCACCAGAAAUUGCCUAUGAAAACCAGGCACUUUUAACUGAUUUGGGAAAAUUGUACAUGGAUGCCACAGCAUCUGACGUCAAUUUUAUCUUCAAGCCCCCAUAUGAACAAGAAGAAAAUAUUCCAGCGCACAAAACCCUGUUGGCAACCAGAAGUGAUGUGUUCCAUGCAAUGUUCUACGGGGAAGUUAAGGAAAAGGCUGAUGUUAACAUCGUCGACGCUACACCAGCCGCAUUCAAAGAGUUCUUGAAAUUCUUUUACCUCAGCAAAGUUCAUGUAACCAUGGAAAAUGUGUCCGGUGUCAUGAAUCCGGGUGAAAAGUACAACGUUGCUGCCUGUAUGGACGCGUGCGGCGAAUUGUUGACAAAGAAUCUCACCGUCGAGAAGGCAUGUUUCAUCUAUGGUCUUGCAAUUCUCUACGAACAAGAAGAACUCAAACGACUUUGCGAAGAGAAAAUCGUCGAGAACACCGAAGCUAUAUUUGCAUCGAGAAGCUUUUUGGAUAGCCCGAAGUCGGUUCUACGCCAUGCUUUGAAUCUCGACAAAUUGUCCUGCUCAGAAGCGGAUGUGUUCAAAGCAUGCAUGGCUUGGGUGAAGUCAGCAAGUGGAGGUGAAAUGGUGACGAAGAGAGAGAUUCGACUGCAUCUCGGCGAUCUGUUCUACGAGAUUCGUUUUCGGUCAAUGACAAUCAAAGAAUUUGCCGACCUUAUUCCAUCGUUUGGUCAUGUGUUUUAUUCGCGUGAGCACAAAGAAUGCGUUCAGUUGAUUGGAUCGAAAGAUUUUCGACCUAAAAACUUCACGACAAAAACUCGCCAGCCACAUGGGAACAAUUACAAGAUCAUUGGAUGCAAUCGUGUUUUGGAAUAUACAACAAAAUAUUGUUCUUUAAAUCACGUUUCAGUAACAUACACAACAUUCUCAACAAAUACACCAAUUAUGCUCGUGGAAGUGGUUUUCGCUAGCCUGCGUAUUCGUCGCGAAGAUAAAUGGAGAGAUGAUCUGAUGGACUACCUUCCCACUGAAAUAACAAUCGCCAAGAUUCCGGAUGACAAAGGCGACACCAAAGUUCUAGUGGAACAAACAGCAUACUUACGUGUGAAUGGUACAGUUGUGACUCUGUGGAAACCAGUUUUGACACGACCAGGAAAUAAGUAUCAAAUCCAAUUGAAGCACUCAUUAAAUGAACACUGCUAUAAAAUUCCAGUUCUGAAAACUGAAGUUGAACUUGAACCCAAUAUCGUCAUUCAAUUUCACAACGACCCGAAAACAAAAGGUGGAAUAACAAUUCCAACGUCACCAAUAAUUUCUCUUCGAUUUGCUCAAAAUGUUGAGUGAGUCUAUGAAACUCAAUGGAACUCCAAAGUAUAAUUGCGACAUCAUGUACACUUAAAACCAAACGGAAUUUCAGAUAUUGCCGAAAUUGUCUCAGUGCUCGACACAAAAUGAAAUCAAAAUGUACACUCGUUCCAUUUAAUACAGUCCGACAUUUGAAAAUAAAUUUAUGCGUAAAUAUA